AUGCUAUCAAGUCUAGCUGGCAGAACUUGCCACCGUCCUGGAAGGGGUCAGAUCCUUGUGGCAGCAGUUGGGACGGUAUUGCAUGUACCAAUUCACACGUUACCUCCAUCCAACUCUCAUCGCAGAAAAUUAGCAGGCGUGCUUGUGUCGGGCAGCCAGUUUGGCGACAUUGCAUCAUUCACCAAUUUACAGUUUUUGGAUCUUUCAAAUAACAUAGGUCUGAAAGGAACUCUUCCACCAUCAAUUGGGAAUUUAAAGAAUCUGACGACCCUAAUGCUGGUUGGUUGCAGUUUCUUUGGUCCAAUUCCAGACUCAAUAGGAUCUCUGCAGCUGCUAGUUUUUCUAGCUCUGAAUUCUAACAGCUUCAGUGGACCAAUUCCACCUUCUAUUGGUAAUCUAUUGAAUCUUUCAUGGCUAGAUUUAAGUGACAAUCAGCUAAAUGGAACCAUUCCAGUAUCCAGUGGACCUACUCCUGGUUUGGAUAUGCUAAUUAAAGCAAAACACUUGUACGCUCUACCUCGUUAA